CAGUGUGAGUGUCCUAAUCAACAACUCUCAGCAGAGUGCAGAAGGCCAGGCUCCGCCAGCAUGGCUGCCCUGGUGCCCCUGCUCACCUGUUGGCUCUGCGCUGCGCUUUUCAUCGCUGCACUCCUCUGUGUUGUAAAAGGUUUUAAACGAUCAGCUUUAAAUUUACCUCCCGGUCCGUUUCCUCUGCCCAUCAUCGGCAACCUGCACCUGCUGGACAUCAGGAGGCAGGACAGGUCUCUGAUGAAGAUUUCGGAGAAAUAUGGGCCAGUGUUCACUGUCCACCUGGGGAUGCAGCAGGCGGUGGUGCUGAGCGGCUACGAGGCGGUGAAGGAUGCCCUUCUGAACACAGCGGAUGUGUUUGCAGACAGACCUGCUAUCCCCAUCUUCCAUCACAUCCAGCAUGGAAAUGGUGUGUUCUUCUCUUCCCAAGAGCUCUGGAAGACAACACGGAGGUUCACCUUGGCAGCUAUGCGGGAGCUGGGCAUGGGGAAGCGGCUUGCAGAAGAAAGGAUGCUCGAGGAGCUGCAGUUUCUCACUGAGCUGAUCAAAUCCUUCCAAGGUGGGCCAUUCCGACUUCGGCUUUUGAACACAGCCCCCACCAACAUCACCUUUGCUAUCCUAUUUGGGAGAAGGUUUGACUACGCAGACCCAACGUUUGUCACUCUGCUACGACUCAUUGAUGAAGUUAUGCUCCUUCUUGGCUCCCCAUUCCUGCACCUAUUUAAUUUCUACCCAUUUCUUGGAUUUCUUCUCAAACCUCACAAGAUGAUACUGAAAAAAGUAGAAGAGGUGUGUGUGAUCCUAAAGAAACAUAUCCAGGAAAGCAAAGCAAAUAUUAAUGGAAACAGCCUGAUGAGCUACAUUGAUGCUCUGGUCUUCAAACAAGAGGAGGAUAAUAAAAGCAAUACCAUUUUUCACGAUGCAAAUGUGUUGGCCUCUGCUCUUGACUUGCUCAUGGCUGGCACUGAAACCACAUCCACCACCCUGCAGUGGGCCGUCCUGCUGAUGAUGAAGUACCCCGAGAUUCAAAAAAAGGUGCAUGCAGAGAUUGAGCGCGUUCUUGACCCUGGCUGCCUGCCUACCUUUGAGGACCGGAAAAGCAUGCCCUUCACCAACGCGGUCAUCCACGAGGUGCAGAGAUUUGUCACCCUUCUGCCACACGUUCCGCGCUGCACCUCUGCUGACACCCAUUUUAAAGGCUAUUUCAUCCCCAAGGGAACAACAGUGAUUCCUCUGCUCUCCUCGGUGCUGCUGGAUAAAACUCAGUGGGAGACGCCGGAUGAAUUCAACCCCAACCACUUCCUUGAUGCAGAUGGGAACUUUGUAAAGAAGAAAGCGUUUCUGCCCUUCUCCACAGGGCGGAGAAACUGCAUUGGAGAAAGCCUUGCCACUGUGGAGCUCUUCAUCUUCUUCACGGGCUUGAUGCAGAAGUUCACCUUUAAGCCUCCCCCCGGGGUGAAGGAAUCAGAGCUGAACAUGGCAGCAGAGGCCGGGUUCACCAUGCGGCCGUCCCCGCAGUGUGCCUGUGCUGUGCUGCGCCGGGAGCCCCAGCCUCAGAGUGCACAGCAUCCCAUGUAGCUGCUCUCUGCAGAGCCCAGCAGAUGCACACAGGAGAAACCAGAUCUCACUAUGCAGUAUUUAGCAGCAAUUCUUACCCAAAGCCUUUCAGUUACUGGCGCUGUGCUUAAAAUGUGCUGAGCAAAUGGUUUUGUACGAAGCAGAGGAGAGCUGGGUCUGAGGUGAGCUGGGAAUAGCACCCAAAACAUGACGGGGAGUGACAGAACCAUCACUGUUUCACACAUUAAAUGCACAGUGAAAGGAAA